AUGGAAGGGCCUGGUGGAUUUUAUAUUGAUAAACAAUUAUCAAUUUAUAUUGCUGAUAAUUCAGAUAAUUCUAUUGUUAAAUGGUUAAAAGAAUCUGAACAAGGUAUUAUAGUUGCUGGUGGUUAUGGUAUUGGUAGUAAUUUAAAUCAAUUCGAUUAUCCAGUAGCUGUUUUUGUUGAUGAACAAGAUAGUAAUACAUUAUAUAUUGCUGAUUUCGGGAAUUCUCGUGUUAUGCAAUGGUUAGAAAAUGCAACUGAAGGUCGAACAAUUAUUGGUACUACAGGUGACGAUGCAGGGAUACAGUUAAACCAAUUCCCAAGCAAAAAAAUGCCUUUGAGAUUAUCUAGCUAUAAAAAUAUGUUAUCGGGCAAUAUCGGCUUGUGA